AUGGAGCUCUCCCGGCAGGAAUACCCGGCGCUGUUGGCCACGCUCCACCCUACCCAAGCGUCGACUGUGCUUACCGAGCGUGUUCGACUCAUCAACAAGAUCAAUUCAGACAUUGCCGACUUCCUGCAGGAGCGUCGCCGUGUUGAAGAGACUUAUGCUCAGGGGUUACGGAAACUGGCAAGUCGCCCACAAUUGGACAAUGGCGCGGCACUUGGAAUCUUCCAAAUCCCGUGGCAGCGAAUCAUAAAUGCUACUGAAACACUCGCCACGUCGCAUGAAACGCUGGCGACGAAAAUCGAGGAAGACGUGGAGCGUUCGCUGAGGGAGUACAACACCAAGAAUGCCGAAAUGCAGUCGAUGUCCAGCAUCCAGAACAAUCUGGCGAAUCUGGCCAAGAAUGUCGAGGCCGCACAAAAGAAAGUGGACAAAGCUAAGGGCAAGGGCACUAAAGGAGCCAGCAGUCUGUCGGGUGCCAUAGCCGCGGCCGAAGAAGUCAAUCAGCAAUGGGAAUCACGCGCGCCAUUUGUCUACGAGCAGCUCCAGGCCGCAGACGAGUCCCGCUUGAAUCACUUGCGUGACCUGCUCACCCAGCUGGAGACUCACGAGCUUGACCACGUGGAGCGUUGCCGAGAAGCCGCCGAAAGUUGUCUCAAUGUGCUCCUGAACGUGGAGACGGCCGAUGAGAUCAAGACAUUUGCUGCCAAGAUGGCCGGUAACCGAGCGAUAUUGUCACCAAGGAUAUCUUCUCGGCAGAACUCCCACGCGGAGGAGAACCCAGCAUCUUCAACUGCCGCACCUUCCACAGCAGGUUCCGAGACGGCUACGGCCCCUCCAGCUGCUGCCCCGUUUGUGCCCACUCCCCGAGUUCAGGACGAUACAGCUAGCCAGCACUCGGGCCGGUCAGAGCCUCCCACUGUAGGCUCGCUGCCGCAUUCAUCAACCGCUCCCGAGCCAGUGCCUCGUCAUACCACACUGGGCGGCCUCAGACGGCUCGGUACUGUGAUGAACCGCAGAAAGAGCGUGAUCACACCAACAGGAGGCGGUUUCGAUCGCAAAGCAGAGAAGAAGCAUAGAAGCCCCUUCUCGUCGUUCAUGAGGUCAGAUUCGUCUCGCGAGGCGCAAAUCCCCGAAUCGCCUCCCCGGACGGCAGAUCGUCCUGGAACUGCACUGACAGAAGAAUCAUCCCUGCGGAAUGAAAGCUUGUCGCAUGAUAAUGAUGCCCAUGGAGCACCUGCACCUGCGCCUGCACCUGCACCUGUACCGGCACCUGGUUUCCAACAAGAAAUCUCCGCUUCGAAUGAAAACACAUUGCGGGCAGACGAGAGACCUGCCAGUAACGGUAUCAGCAAGCCAAUUGUUGAUUCUGAAGGUUUCACGGAAAGACCUCAGAGUGUAGACGAAAUAACACGAGCACAGAAGGAAGCUUCAGCUCUGGAGGACUCUGGUGUGAACUUGACGAUCCGCGAUCAGCCUAUCUUCGAAGAUGAAAGCCAAGCCAGGAAAGCCAUGGAUGACAUGGCAAACACACUUCGGAUGCGUGCCCCGCAGCCUGGGAUGAGACGGAAUGCCGGUACAAUUCGAGGUCGUCGCGACGUACGCAAUACCGUAUUUGUUCCCAAUGCUGGUGCCGAGUUGGCCAUGGGGUCGGCAGGUCUGGGUGGAUUGGAUCACCAAGGCCCAUCUUCCCCGAUCAGGAAUGCAACAUCUCCCACUAACAACAUGGAUGACCAUGCGAUGUCGGAUACUACCUCUGUUCGAUCUGGUCAUACUGCGCACAGUCUCGGUCCCAGCAUUCACCCCGAAUUGCAUGAGCCUGGCCUCAAUGCGUCCAUUAUCGAGACUGUCAGUGCAUGGUUCUCCGAGGGCAACGUUACCAAAUCAUCGGUGGUAGGGGAGCUCGCGCUGGCUCACAAUCCUCAGCCUGACAACCCGAUCGACAAAAUGGUCAUCCAUCUAGACAACUUCGCAUCUCUAGAAAAGGUUGCCGCGAACCCCAGUUUUGUCCACGCAUCGAGCGCAGAGAAGAGUGAGGAUAAAAGCGGAGAAUAUGAGAUACAGCUUGGUAGCAUUUCGCGAUCGAUGCCCACCGUUGCUUUCAAGUACCAGGUGCACAUUGAUCCUGCGAAUCCCUCCGCCUACAGCCCUGUGAUCUUCAAACCGGCGUGGAACGUUCAAGAGAACCAAGCCAGUGCCAUCAUCUUCUACUCGUUGAAUCCGGCGUUUAUCUCAGCUACCUCGUCCUCUAUCAUUUUGAAAAAUGUGGUUCUCACGGUGGCCCUUGAUAUAGCGUCUGAAGACGAGGUCACCAAGCAGCCGCGGGAAUCUGUUGCACGUGCCACCAGUGCGGUCAUGUAUCCGAACUCUGGAGCCGUAUUCCGCCGGAAGACUUCCAGCGUGGUCUGGAAGAUACCGGAGCUCGAGGUCAAGGCUCCUGGGUCUGGUGGCGAAGACGGCAAGUUCCUCGUUCGCUUCACCACUGCCACUCCCGGGCCUCGCAAGGGCAAUGUCGAGGCACGGUUCGAAUACACCACUACUGAAACUGGGUCGCGCCUUGGCAUCAGCUGCGCCCCAAUGAAGGCUGGUGACAGCGAAAUCGACCCAUUUGCCGACGACGGUAAAUCUUCGGGUGCGUCAUCUUGGGAAGCCGUUCCCACAACGCGUAAGCUGGUGGCGGGUAAAUACGUCUCAGCUUGA